GUCGCCGUGAAAAGGCUAAUUCCAAUUUCUACUAACCCCUUUCAAUUGAAAUACAGAGACAGUCACUACUUACUGUGUUCAGCAUUUGGGCAGAAACCCACGGAAGCAACGCUUAAAGGCGCGAAGCUUUAUUAGCGCGCUCUCGCUUGAAAACCCCACUUGGACAACCACCAUUACGACGUUCUCCAUGCCAUCUACUUCACCUGUCUUCGAUGAAAAACUUAUCGAAGAGUCUUCCCCACCUUCAAAAAUGUACACAACCAACCCAGUCAUAUCUAGCGCCGAGUUUGUCCUUGAGCAAACAAAUAUCGUCAAAAUCAACGACGACGCGGUCAAGAAAGCCACACAAUAUAUUCUGCAAAAAGUCGCUUCAGAGCCCUAUACUCCGCGUACAUGGCGCACGCACCCCUUGCACAUCUGUCCGCCAGAACCGUAUGACCAAGACGAUAUACUCACGGGUGCAUGUCUGAACUGGAUAUUCCUCAUCUCUUCUUUGAAUUUCAGUUUUUGGUCAGAAAAGGAAGGCCAGCUGGAUCGGUAUGGCGUUGAAUGGCGGGCUAGUUGGAAUAGCCAGACAACGACGGUGCACACUGGAUACUGGAGCUUAGUCGCUGCUUUGAAUCGAGCGUUAGAGGAGGGUAUACCUAUCAUCGAUCCCCAGUUUUAUUCCUCCGAGGCACUAUGCCCAGACUCGCUGAUCGCGCACGUAUUCCGCCCCGCCCCGCAAUCUUCUGAAUCGAUCCCUCUGCUUAAUGAGCGCCUGGCGAUCAUGCGCGAAGUCGGUGCUAUAUUGUGUAACGAUGAAUUUGGAGGUUCAUACCUAGGGUUUUUACAAGCCUUCCAAAGAAGAUACGAGAAUCAGGGCACGGCGCUCGACCUCGUCCAAUUCGUCACAGACUCGUUCCCGAGUUUUAGAGAUGACCGAAUGUUCAAUGGACGACGAGUAUAUUUCUGGAAACGGUCUCAAAUUCUAGUAGCAGAGACCUGGGCAGCCUUCUACCCUGAAAGCCCCUACACCCCACACCCGAUCUUCCCCGGCCUCAACGGAGCAUGCAUCAGCUCCCUAACGAUGUUCGCAGAUUACCGCGUCCCCCAGAUCCUGCACCACCUGCGCAUCCUCGCUUAUCCCCAAUCGCUCAAACACGAGCUGUGCGCUGGCACACAACUUGAAUCUGGAUCGAGAGAAGAAAUGAGCUUGCGCGCAGCGAGCAUCGUUGCUGUUGAACGUAUCCGGAGUGAGAUGGUGAGGUGUGGAUCGGAUUGGGAAGCGAGCUGCGUUUUGAUCGAUUUUUACCUUUGGGAUUUGGCUAAGAAGCUGCAGGGGGGGAAAGAGUGUCUUGAGGGGAUUGAGACGGAAGAUAUCUUGCCUGUGCACAGGACGAGAAGUAUUUGGUAUUAGGUUCUUUGGUUAUUGAUAGAUGUAGACUUCGUAUUCCCUCGAUAGUUUUUAUAACCUCUUUAUUAGCGAUAGGAUUCUAAAUUUCUCGCAUUUCAAAUAUAGACA